GGAAGUGGUUCGAAAGUGUUUCCUCCUUAUCCUUCUGACAGAGCGAGGGAGUUGUUUUUUGGCUUGAGUGGGCUUUUUAAUCGGAACCAUGCCUGGUCCAGACAAAGAAACAGACCUGACGGAGAGGCUGGAAGCCUUCCUGUCCGAUCUGAAGCGUGGGGGCAGCGGGACCGGGCCCCUGCGGAGCUCCGCGGAGACAGCCCGGGAAACGACAGCCCUGCUCCGCAGGAUCACCGCACAGGCCCGGUGGAGCAGCGCAGGUGAUUUGAUGGAAAUAAUCCGAAAAGAGGGAAGGAGAAUGACGGCCGCUCAGCCCUCGGAGACCACGGUGGGGAACAUGAUCCGAAGGGUCCUGAAGAUCGUCAGAGAGGAAUACGCCAGGUCUCGAGGGAGCAGCGAGGAAGCAGACCAGCAGGAGUCUCUGCACAAAAUGCUGACCUCUGGAGGACUCAGUGAGGAGAACUUCAGGCAGCAUUUCGCUUCUCUCAGAGCCAACGUCAUCGAGGCCAUCAACGAGUUGCUGACUGAGCUGGAGGGAACGACGGACAACAUUGCCAUGCAAGCUCUGGAGCACAUCCACUCCAACGAGGUGAUCAUGACGAUCGGGCGCUCGCGCACCGUGGAGGCCUUCCUCAAAAACGCUGCACGCAAACGCAAGUUCCACGUCAUCGUGGCGGAGUGCGCCCCCUUCUGUCAGGGACAUGAGAUGGCGACCCACCUGUCCACAGACGGCAUCGAGACGACUGUCAUCCCAGAUGCCGCCAUAUUUGCCGUCAUGUCCCGGGUUAAUAAGGUCAUCAUCGGUACUCAGACGGUUCUGGCUAACGGCGGUUUGAGGGCCGUGAACGGGACGCACACUCUCGCCCUCGCAGCCAAACACCACUCCACACCGCUCAUCGUCUGUGCUCCAAUGUUCAAGCUCUCCCCGCAGUUUCCAAAUGAAGAGGACACCUUCCAUAAGUUCGUCUCCCCUCAUGAGGUGCUCCCUUUCACUGAAGGUGAGAUCCUCUCAAAGGUGAACGUACACUGUCCGGUGUUUGACUACGUCCCUCCUGAGCUCAUUACCUUGUUUAUCUCAAACAUUGGAGGACACGCUCCGUCAUACAUCUACCGUCUGAUGAGCGAACUGUACCAUCCGGAGGAUCACGAGCUUUAAUCCACCUAACAAAUAAAUUAUCCUAAUUGUUUC